CAGAAAUCCGUCCGUGCGUAAACGCAGAAGGAGAAGAGGAAGCGGCCAUGGAGUCAAUGAUUGAGGAAAACGGUCCUUCCAUUCACGAGCAGCCUGGAAUGUCCUCGUCCUACCAGGCCAGGCACAAGCUGGAGGGGCUCUUGAACAAGAACAUGAAGAUCCGCAUGACGGACGGACGCACCCUGGUGGGACUCUUCCUCUGCACGGACCGGGACUGCAACGUCAUCCUGGGCUCGGCUCAGGAGUUUCUCAAGUCCACAGACACGUUCUCCCAGGGUGAACCCAGAGUCCUGGGCCUGGCCAUGAUCCCCGGUCACCACGUGGUUUCCAUUGAGGUUGAGGCCGACAGUCUGGAGGACACAGACGGAUUUGGGGUGAACCACUGACGGAGCCCUGGCUGCUUGAACAACACUUGUGUUGCGUUCAUGUGACUGACGCUCACGGAGCCAUGACGUAAGGUUGCGGCUGAGCCCAGAGACCUCAGGACAUGUGCUGUGAAGGAUUUUACAGAAUCCUGGAUUCAACCAAGUCCCUCCAUGGUUGAAGAAGCAGUGGCAGCUACAGCAUGUGUGUAUGAUAAGAAAUGGGCAAACAGCAGAUACCUUGAUAUGUGUGGAAAAGGUGUUUCAAUGCUGUGUACAGGUUGUCUUUGUUGUGAUGUUUUAUAAAUAAAUAGCUGUAUUUGACACAGUUUGUGUUGUCCCUGCUCCCCUCGUAUUGUGUUGUACAGAAUGAGGAAGUUUGAUUGUGUCAGUAUUUUAAUACACUUGAACAUGUCAGCUGUUUGGCAACAGAUACAAUCAGUGUUGCUUACAACAGGAAAACCCAGAAACCAAACAGUCCUACUCGGUUGAUUUAAAUACAAAGAGCCUGUCAACAUGUCCUCACACAAUGUUUAAAAAGUCGAUGGGAUUCAGAAACAGGUUCAGUCACUUUGAUAGAAUAACUUAAAUUGUGCAAAAACAAACCGAGAAAAAAAACCUCAUGGUUCAAACAGUUGUCUUUCAAGUCAGUAAAACGAAUCCUAAUUAGUAAAGGAUUUUGAUUCCACCUUUAGUUUGUGCCUCAGUGCAACCUGUUGGACCAAAUCCAGUAUAACAUUAGACAUGCGUACUUUCUUUAAGACCUAAUCUAUGACACCAUCAGAUAAGCCACUGAAGACACACCCGGUUUGUAAAUAAUCUCUGCAGUAACAUUUCAGGGUGGAGCAGCCGGAGUGUUUUCUUUUUUCAAAUACAGUCAAAGUGCAUAACUUCAAAGAUUUGCUUAGAAAGGCGUCAAAUAGAGAAGAGAAAUAUUACAGUUCUUCACUCAGUCAUCAGUGGCCACAACCUUGUGCAAAAAAUAGUUAACUAUAUGUUACUUUUUGUUUUCAAGCCACUUUUCAAAUCUGAUUACAGCCAUAAUGUUUACAGUUGUACGAUGGAGUAUUCGGGCCACUUAGAGGAAAAACAUCGGAGAUUAUGAGAAUUAAGUUCUCAUUUUAGGCGAUGUGUCAUUUUAGAGAUAAAUAUUAGAAAAUCAGCUUGUGAUGAGGAUAAUCUUGUUCUUAUUCACUGAAGGUUUCACAAAUAACAUUUGAUCUUUUGGCUCAUGAGCUUUACAUUAUAAGUAUCAGGAUUUAGCAAGAUCCUUUAACAUCUGUGAUGUUGAAAAGGUUUUGUGGUUUCCAAAUUAUUUCAAAUGACUUAUUUCUAAAUAAAUCACAAAUGUUUACUCACAUUUUUUUUUCUAAUACUCCAUCGUACAGUUCAAUAUAUGGCCCAUGAAAAAAUGUAUAUAUUUUUAACUAAACUUUACACGUUAUUCCAAUUCAGUAACUGUACAAAGGAAAAAUCUAUGGUAAUUUAAAGCAAAAUUUAAAACAUUCACAGAGCAGCUACAGUGAUUUAAGAUCCGUAGGAUUUCAGGACUUCUACAGCCACAAGUUUCCUGUAAGAGUUUCACAUUAAUAUAGAAGCUCAACAACAUGUGACUUUCGAUUUCAUUAGAAGCAACAGAUCUAGUUUCUCUGGGGAGGAGUUGCUUUGACGUUGUGAAAAGAAUCGACUGAGAUCAGUAAACGUUUUGAUUCCUUUAGAGAUUACCGCGAAGAAAACCAACAAACCGAGAGUCAUCUCUGUCCACGCAGAAGCUACUGCAUUAAAAAAACUGAGUUCCUCAAUAAAGUCUUAAAAAAUGGCACGAAGAGAGAAAUUAGUAAUAAGAGCAGACGUCCCAAAAACAUAAAAGAAGUCCAAUGCUUUCAACCAUCACCGUUUGGUUCCUAAGGAUCGAAGCCACAAGUCACUCUGUCCUCAGUUCUGUGGUAAAAUGUCCAGGUUCUUUUACUAAGAAGCUCAAACCUCUGCUGUCCAAACACGGCAUGAAA